UGUCAGCUGGUGUAAAACGGUGUUGAAAAGUAUAGCGUGCAUGCUGCUUGCAUGUGGGAAGAAAAGCGAGACACGGCGCUAGCGGUGCAUUUCUUGUGCGCUGGAGUUGCGUUUCUUGAUCGGCAAAAAUGUUUUAAAAUUGUUUAAAAUCCCGCGAAGUGUUAGAUGUUGUCAGUUUUCUAAGAUAUAGGGUAUUGAAAACAGUUUCGCUGACUAGAAGAAAAGCUGUAUUUCACUAUAUGCUCACGUACUUAGUACUGUUUCAUUGUGACUUAGGGAAAAGCGCACAUCUCGCGAAUUAAUGCGAAUUAACUUUCCUUGAACAAGGUAAAAUGUGCAGCGAAAUUAAUGACAUCGAUGCGGAACCAGUAUCAACUAACCCGGCUGACUAUGGAAACAACUUUAGAAUCAUCGAUUGCAGUGAUCAGAUACGGGAUCUCCAAACAAUCAUUCGAGAUAAAAAUACCACGCGAAGCGAUUUCAAAUUCUACGCCGACCGGCUGAUUCGAUUAGUGAUAGAGGAAAGCCUAAAUCAGCUGCCAUACACGGAUUGUUCGGUGGUUACACCGACCGGAGCGAUCUACGAUGGGUUGAAGUAUCGGUCUGGAAACUGUGGUGUUUCAAUCGUUCGUUCGGGUGAAGCGAUGGAACAGGGUCUACGUGAUUGCUGCCGAUCGAUUAGGAUAGGAAAAAUUCUGGUUGAAUCUGAUGCGGAAACCCAUGCCGCGAGGGUUGUCUAUGCGAGGUUUCCUGACGAUAUUGCGAGACGGCAAGUGCUACUUAUGUAUCCUAUCAUGGCUACAGGAAAUACCGUUAUACAGGCGGUAAACGUGCUAAAGGAUCAUGGCGUGCCAGAAACAUCGAUAAUCCUAUCCAACCUUUUCUGCACACCGGUGGCUGCCUCAAUGGUGGUGAAAGCAUUUCCGGACAUGAAAAUUCUUACCUCAGAGCUACACCCGGUGGCACCAAACCACUUUGGGCAGAAGUAUUUUGGUACGGAUUAACCGCGACUUGGCCGCAUGAAUGUUGGUAUUAGUACCGCUACACUAAAAUGUAUCCAAUAAGUACAAGGUGACACUGCGACACAAAUUUGUAACUUAUUUAUUUUUUAAGGCUUUUUAAGGCUCUUUUUUGUAAUCACGUACCGUAUGAGGUUGUUGCGUCCCUUUUUGUCAAAAUUUAGUCUAGUGUAAUAGUGUAUGUCUUAAAGUCUAGAAGAAUGUAAACUGAUAUUUAAAUACAGUCAAUAUAUGGUUUAUUUAGAACUA